GCGCCACGGUACAAGCAUCCAACGCAUGCGCGUUCAAGUCCAUGCUGUCUCUUUAAACUACAAUUCCCAUUAUUCUCGUCCUGUUUGCGGAAGUCAGUGUCAGCUGAUGCCCAUGCAGCUUAGUGUUGUAACGAAAAUACAGUGUGGACGGAUUUCUUUUUGUUUUCUUUUUGUCACUCGUUUUUUCCUUUACAACACAGAUCAUGUUACGCCCUAAAGCAUUAACGCAGGUCCUCAGCCAGGCGAACACAAACGGAGUACAGAGCACACUAUUGCUGAACAACGAAGGCUCUCUGUUGGCUUAUUCGGGUUACGGGGACACAGAUGCUCGGGUCACAGCUGCCAUCGCCAGCAACAUCUGGGCCGCUUAUGACAAGAACGGCCAUCAGGCUUUCAACGAGGACAAACUGAAGUUUAUUCUAAUGGACUGCAUGGAAGGCAGAGUGGCCAUUACACGGGUCGCAAACCUACUGCUGUGCAUGUACGCUAAAGAGACCGUGGGCUUCGGGAUGCUGAAAGCCAAGGCCGAGGCUCUGGUGGAGUAUCUUCAGGAACCACUGACGCAGGUGGCGGCUUCGUAGAUCCCCAAAUCUGUAACCUUUUUUUUUUUUUUUUUUUUUUUUUAAACAACAAACUUUAUUCAAGCUUUAUUUAUUUACUCUGAUGAUCAUCCUGAUCUUUAUAACAGAUUUAUUGUACAAGUGCUUAUUAAUCAUAAUCCACUGUCGGUUUUCUCUUCCCUUCAGCUUGUUUUUUGUUGUUGCACCUAUGUGAUUAACUUAUAAAGCAGCCAAUAUUCGUUUAAAAAUAAAAAAAUAAAUAAAUGUGCUUUUUGUA